AUGUUGGCUCCUAGGCAAUCUCUCCUCCCUACCCUCCGCCACUCCACCACCGCUACCAGACACUACAAACGCAGCCUAUCCUUUGCCGCCAUGGCAUCAUCUCCUUCAUCUACUGGCAAACAUGCCGUCUCCGCAGCCCCGUGGACGGCCGCUGUCGUCUCAGCACAGAACAAGUCGCGGCUACUACCCCAAGCCAUUGCGCAUCGCGGAUACAAGGCAGAGUGGCCUGAAAACACCAUCGAGGCCAUGAGAGGAGCUGUCGAGGCUGGUGCGCAUGCCAUCGAAACAGAUGUGCACUUAUCAUCAGACGGUGUCGUCGUGCUCUCACAUGAUCCCACGCUGAAGCGCUGCUAUGGCAAAGAAGACAAGAUUUCAGACUGUGACUGGGAAUCACUCUCCAAGUUAAAGACCCUCAAGGCGCCGCAUCUCAGCAUGCCCCGGCUGAUUGAUGUUCUGGAGUGGAUGAACAAGCCAGCCAACCAUGACAUCUGGGUGCUUCUCGACAUCAAGAUUGAUGACCCAGAAGAUGCCCUCCUAGCGGCCAUUGCCUCCGCCCUAGACAGCGUGCCCCCUCGCUCUGCGCCGUGGAAGAGCCGCAUCGUCCUCGGGUGCUGGAACGCAACCUUUUUGAAAGCAGCACGCAAACAUCUCCCAGAACACGCCAUAGUCCACAUCUCCUACUCGCUAUCCUACACAUCACACUUCCUCGAACAGCCUAAUGUCGGCGCCAACAUUCUGCAACGCCUACUCCCAGGACCCUUUGGAUCGUCCUUUAUGCGCCGCGUCGCCGGCCCGCUCCUCGUAUGGACCGUCAACUCGCCCAAGGCCAUGGAGUGGUGCCUAGAUGCGAACCUGACACGGCGCAACGGCGUCAUAGACGGCGUCAUCACUGACGAUCCUAAAGAAUACUUGGCCGUCUGCCGUCGGUGGGAGGACGAGCAGGACGGCCUUGUUGCAAGGGCGCCAGCACUAAGUAUCAUGCAGGCACUACGGGCUAGACUGGGCGAUAUGUUUGAGUUUGUCGGGGUGCAGAGCGCAUGGACCCUUUUCUUUCUAGUCCGGCGCUUUUGGGCUGGCAAGAUGGAUUAUCUGAAAAAGGGCGAGGUGCUAUAG